AGCCCCAAAACAAAUAAAACAGCCUAGUUGAAGUUGGUGCAGAAAACCAAACAGGUCCAUAGCGUUCAAUCUGGCCUGCCAAACGCGGCACACAAUUCUGGGCAGCCACUCUUCGUCGAUCGAACGCUGCAGCGAAGCACACCUACGAGCGCUCAGCAUAAAGCAACGGCCGUUUUGUUGCUGCGGACCUGCGGUCGACCGAAACUGACAAGCCUCCAACCGAAAUUCUGCCUCCCGCCCAAACGAACCUCUUCCCCCUUCAACCAAGAAACGCCGCCCCGUUCUUGAUUCUUGAUCCCACCCUCGGCCGCGCGCGGCGAUGGAGCUCUUCAAGGACCCGCGGUCCGUGCGGCUCAGGAGCCACCUGGGCACGUACCUCUGCGCGCUCGACGGCGGGGCCGUCUCCCACGGCUACCGCCGCAACUCCCGCGGCACGGUCUGGGCCGUGGAGCUCGCCGGCGACGACUACGUGCGCCUACAGGGCCACCGGGGACUCUACCUCGGCGCCACGGAGCUCCCCGCCGACGUCCUCGGCCGCGGCCGCGGCACCCGGGCCUGCUGCGGGGUCGUCCUGGGCUCGCCGACCUGCCCCAACGACAACGCCUUCCUCUGGUCGCCGCUGCGCGAGGGCGAGCUCCUCGCGCUGUCCGGGCCCUACGGCCGCCUCCUCCGCGCCAGGUUCGGGCACACGGCGCAGGACAACGCCGUCACCGUCGACCUGGACGCCAACCCGGAGGAGAGCUCCUGGGUCGUCGAGGUCGUCCCGGCCGCGGAGGUGGCGCUGCUGCUGCCGCCGUCGCCACGCCCCUGCCGCGCCCAGUCCUGCAACGCCCGCUUGGAGGCGGACACGUCGGAGUCGGACACGGCGUCCAGCGUCCUCGCCAGGGUGCGCUCCGCCAAGGACAUGACGAGUUCACUUGCUACGGUCGAGGAGGAGCCCCUGUCGAUGCCGGCGCCGCGGCUGAUCUUCUACAACACCUCCAGGGACGACGGCGGCGUGGACGAGUUCGACGAGGGGACGUGGAAGUACUUCUCGUUCCAGGAGCAGAGCCUGGCGGCGCUGCGCCGCAGGCUGGCGGAGGAGACCCGGCGCCAGGACUUCGUCGUCUGCCGCAGGAGCGGCCCGGGGCUGUUCCCCGUCGUUCUGGACCUCCCUCCCGGCAACAGCCAGAUGGAGUUCGUCCUCGUCCCGGCGUCCUCUCCUGCAGUUGCAGACGGUGUUGCUUAAGAUGGAUGUGGCCCGGGACCGACUAUAGGAAAAGACGGAGAGAACUUCAGUUCGGUGCGGCGAUAUGCAUUUUGCGGUGUAUAUUCAUUGGUACUGUGUGUACAAGAACAAACUUGUUAUUACUGUGAAAAUUCAGACACCUAGGAUGGGGUCUUACCCUAUUCUGUUUUGUUCUGUAGUUCUAGAGAAAUGACAUGGAGUUUGUCAAUGUAUACCUUUUUUAGGGUAUUGAACAUAAUAGGUACUAGAUGGACAGAAUUACA